GUUAGUUGUAUGACUUUGGUGUUAGGUCGUUCACUACCUUUCACCUGAAAGAAGGCCGUACGGGCAACCAUUUGGAGUGAAACCUGCAUACCGUACUCCUUGUUUGCACCUCUGCAUACUCGUAUAUACAUAUAUUCAUGAGGGGAUUUGCGCUUGAAGAUGAUAUCGUUGGCGACCUCACGCCUCUAAUUACCAAGCUUGGAUCUCCAAUUACAUGCAGUCCCUUUAGCCAGGUCUAUCGGAGCACCAUCGAGGCCAGCAGAGGCACGACGGAGGUCGCAGUGAAGGUAAUUAUUAUUGACCAUAAGAGAACCAUGGCCAAAAUCGAGAAAGCAAUGCGUCGGGAACUCCGGGUGUGGUUUAGGUUGAGACACUCGACUAUCGUGCCGCUACUUGGUAUUGCGUAUCUCGAAUCUCCAUUACCAGCUUUUAUCUCACAGUGGAUGCCCUUCGGGACGUUAAAUAUUUACCUGGAGAAGCAAGCAACAGCCCUCACUGCUUCUAUGAAAGUUGCAUUGGCCAAGGGUAUCGCUGAUGGCCUCAAUUAUCUUCACUCAGAGAAUGUCGUUCACGGAGACCUUCAGCCCGUAUGUACGGUCGUCUCUUCGCCGAUAUUGCACUCAUUCGUUUUGGUAUUGCAACAGUCGUAGGAGACCCAGAGCUACAGCUCACCACCACGACGGCGGACCGCAGUUUUGAUUCUCGAUGGCGUGCGCCUGAGCUUAUUGGAGUCGACUGUGACCCUGAGAUACCGACUUUCGAGAGUGAUAUCUAUUCUUUUGGUAGUGUCAUGUUCUUUAUCAUCUCGGGGGAUAUCCCAUGGAAAGAGAAGAAACGUUCACAUCAAAUUUCCAUUGAGCUGUCGAGAAGAGCUACUCCUGCGCG